CGAAUCGCACCCCCAAGUACAACAGCGCAACGGGUGCCCUUUAGCCUCUUCAUCCGCAGUGUUCGAUUCCAUUUUAUCUAUUCUCCGCACGCCUGUCCCCAGGGUGGUGAAGCUCCAUACCUGCGUCGACACGAUCGAUGAAUCCGCCAUACUAACAAACGUAACCUCGCCUCGUCUUCUCCGCCGCCCUCAUUGCCCUUCUCUCUUUACAUCCAAAGCCGAUACCAAAGCAGCCAAUAUGUUCCAAUUUCCAAACUUCCCCUAGCCCAGCGUCGUCGCUUUUCGGACCCUUCGAAGCUGAAGCUUGCAGCCAUGGCGGCCACCUCCUCCUCCGCCGCCCCCUUCCUCUCCUCCUCCUCCUCCCUCUCCUCCCCCUCCUCCGCUCGCCGCCUUCUCCCCCUCCCCGUUCGCCGCGUCUCCCCGUCCCUCCGCCGCCGGAUCCCGGCCGUCCGGGCCAAGAUCCGGGAGAUCUUCAUGCCGGCGCUCAGUUCCACCAUGACGGAGGGCAAGAUCGUGUCCUGGGUCAAGGCCGAGGGCGACCGCCUCUCCAAGGGCGAGAGCGUCGUCGUCGUUGAGUCCGACAAGGCUGACAUGGACGUCGAGACCUUCUACGACGGCAUCCUCGCCGCCAUCGUCGUCCCCGAGGGCGAGACCGCCCCCGUCGGCGCCCCCAUCGGCCUCCUCGCCGAGUCCGAGGACGAGGUCCCCCUCGCCAAGGCCCAGGCCCAGUCCCAGUCGCAGGCCCAGUCCCACUUCUCUCCUCCUUCUCCUCCUCCCCCUCCUCCUUCCGAUCCCGCUCCUUCCCCAGCUCCGAUGGCGGGGGCAAAGGCGGAGGCGGAGAGCCCGAGGAAGGCCGUGUCCACGCCCUAUGCCAAGAAGCUCGCCAAGCAGCAUAAGGUGGACAUCGAGAAGGUGGUCGGGACCGGGCCUUAUGGGAGGAUUACUCCCGCCGAUGUCGAGGCCGCUGCUGGGAUCCAGCCCAAGAAGCCUAUUGCUCCGGCUCCAACUUCAGCUCCUGCUGCAACUCCAGUUACUCCUUCUCCGGCUCCAAGUGCUGCUACUUCUCCUGCUACCAAAGCUUCUGCGGCUCCUCUGCCACCAAUUCCAGGUUCGACUGUUGUUCCCUUCACCGCGAUGCAGGCCGCUGUGUCCAGGAAUAUGGUGGAGAGCCUCUCAGUACCGACCUUCCGUGUCGGCUACCCUGUGAUGACCGAUGCCCUUGAUGCUCUCUAUGAAAAGAUCAAGUCGAAGGGAGUCACCAUGACCGUACUGUUGGCCAAGGCUGCAGCAAUGGCACUCGCACAGCAUCCAGUUGUGAAUGCCACCUGCAAGGAUGGGAAGAGUUUCUCUUACAAUAGCAGCAUUAACAUUGCAGUGGCUGUGGCAAUUGAUGGCGGACUCAUAACUCCUGUUCUCCAAGAUGCAGAUAAGUUGGAUAUUUACCUUCUGUCUCAAAGAUGGAAGGAGCUUGUAAGCAAGGCUCGUUCUAAGCAGCUUUCGCCGAAGGAGUACAAUUCAGGAACAUUUACUUUAUCAAAUUUGGGUAUGUUUGGUGUGGACAGGUUUGAUGCUAUCCUUCCUCCUGGUCAGGGAGCUAUCAUGGCUGUGGGAGCUUCAAAACCCUCUGUCGUUGCUGACAGAGAUGGUUUCUUUGCUGUUAAGAAUAAAAUGCUGGUGAAUGUCACAGCAGACCACCAGAUUAUCUAUGGUGCUGACUUGGCAGCCUUCCUACAGACAUUUUCAAAAAUCGUUGAGAAUCCUGAAUGCCUGACAGUGUAGGUGCUUCAGCAAAUGAAGAUUGUAAGUGCCAUGAUUUAGCAUUGAACUCUGUUGGCAGCUUUUAUUUCUCGUAGGUCAGUGAGCAUCGAGUAUUGGAAGAUUCAGUUUUGCUGCAAGAUAGAGAGGUCUGUGUUUCCAAUUUGUUUUUCUUCUGUUGUGUUCCAAAAGACAUCGCCCUUCAGUGUCAUUGAAAAAUGGAAUAAAAAUUCUUGGAAAGUUUCUAGUUAAUAAUUUCAGAAGUGAGCCAUUCCUUCAA